AUGACUUCCUCACUGCUCCUGGUCUUCGUGUUCCUGACUUUGGUCAUAGUGGCUACUCCCAGAACUGGUGGUCAGUGUCCGGCAUGUGGGGGGCCCACAUUCGACCUGAAGAGCCAACGGAAGCUACUUCUUGACCUAGCUAAGAGAAGUAUCUUAGACAAGCUGCACUUCAGUCAGACCCCAACACUGAGCCGACCAGUGCCCAGAGCUGCUCUGAGGACAGCACUGCAGCACCUCCAUGGUCCCCCACGGGGGGUGCUCCCAGAAGCUAACAAAGCACAGGAAUAUGAGAUCAUCAGCUUUGCUAAGACAGGUUUUUCCACCAUCAACCAGACGCGUCUUGAUUUCCACUUCUCAUCUGAUAAAACUGCUGGGGUCUUGGAGGUCCAGAAGGCCAGUUUCACCUUCUUUGUGCAGUUCCUUCCCAAUGCUACUGGAACUUUGACAGUGAAGGUCCUUGUGCCAGGCUCACACAAUACCAAUCUUACCUUGGUCCCCAGGCACCUGCUGGAGGCAGAUGCCAGUGGCUGGUACCAGCUCUUCCUGGGCCCCGAAGCUCUGGCUGCCUGCAGCCAAGGGCACCUGACCCUGGAGUUGGUCCUUGAUGACCAAGCACAGGGCUCAGUCAUCCUGGAUGAGGCUACCCACAGACCUUUUGUGGCAGCCCAAGUUAGAGUUGGAGGGAAACAUCUUGUUCGCCGGCGAGGUAUUGAUUGUCAGGAUGGGUCCAGGAUGUGUUGUCGACAAGAGUUCUUCGUGGAUUUCCGUGAGAUUGGCUGGCACAACUGGAUCAUCCAGCCUGAGGGCUACGCAAUGAACUUCUGCACAGGGCAGUGCCCAUUGCAUGUGGCAGGCAUGUCUGGCAUUGCUGCCUCCUUUCACACAUCAGUGUUCAAUCUGCUCAAGACCAAUACAGCAGGCACUGCUGGAGGUGGCUCAUGCUGUGUGCCCACUGCCCGGAGGCCCCUAUCUCUGCUCUACUAUGACAGAGACAGUAACAUUGUCAAGACUGACAUACCUGACAUGGUGGUAGAGGCCUGUGGAUGCAGUUAG